AUGUUGCACCCACAUAUGGGAUGUUUCAAGUCCAGUCCGGGUUUUAUCUCUCAAGAUCACGAUCACCUCCAAGUGGACCGCGUGGGGAAAGCUCAAGUCCACGGUUCCGACUUCCUCUUUCAUCCCCUACCUUUUCAUCUUUUCCCUCUUUCAUCGACCCUUGGAAGUUUCGAGUGCGUGUUAACAAAGCGCGCUUAUCUUCCCUUAUCGUUGAAAUUCUCCUUCCCACCUGGACCACCUCCUAUCCUUAUCCUGACGGAAUUCGCUGUAUUCUUAUCUCGACCAACUGUCCGGUAUCCAUACGUCCCCCGACCUAUACGAGAAACCGCUCGCCAGUCACAUCCCUUUCACAUCACAAUGAGCGCAACACGACGACAAAAGGCCUCCCUCGCCGAGGAGAGCGAAGAUGCAGGCAAUAGCUCCGUGUCACCUUCAGAGGGCGCAUCCGCACGGGAAGAAACCAAGGAACGCAAGGAAAAUAUCUUCCUCUUCACUCCGAAUCUUAUCGGAUAUUCCCGGGUCUUUUUGACCUUCGCCUCGCUAUACUACAUGCCCCUCCACCCCCGGACCUGCUCCUUCCUCUACACGGUGUCCUGUCUGCUGGACGGCCUGGACGGUUAUGCAGCACGAUACUUCAACCAAUCCACCACUUUCGGUGCGGUGCUGGACAUGGUGACCGACCGCUGCACCACUGCGUGUCUCCUAGUCUUCCUGAGCUCCGCCUGGCCCCGAUGGGCCAUCAUUUUCCAGGGUCUGAUCAGCUUGGACAUGGCUAGCCACUACAUGCACAUGUACGCUACUCUAAGCAUGGGCGGAGCUAGCCAGAGCCACAAGAAGGUCGAUCCUAGCCGUAGCUGGAUUAUGUACCAGUACUACACCAGCAAGCUCGUUCUGUUCAUCUGCUGUACCGCCAAUGAAGCCUUCUUCAUCGGCCUGUACCUCCUGUCCUUCUCCUCGCCAACCCUCUCCCCUUCGCUCCUGCAGCCCAUCUCCGAUUCCCAGCUGUCCUCCGCCCAGCCUGGAAGCCCCGCGCACCCCGAACCAGCUAGCCUCUUCGCUAGCCCCUGGAGCGCCGGAGCCCUCGAGAUGGCGCGUGCGAACAAGCUCGAGAGCACCUGGCCGUGGAUCAUCACCGGCAUCUCGUUCCCCAUCAUGGCGUUCAAGCAGUUCGUCAACGUCGUCCAGAUGGUGAACGCCAGCAAGUGGCUCGCUGAGGGCGAUCUCGCUGCCCGCCGAGCUAACCGCAAGAAGUAA